GCUGUCUUACAUAACGCUGUUAUCACAAGGAAGUGCUGACCGUCUCUCCCAUGAAGUUCCCUCAGCAUUACUAACAUCAUAUGAUGAUGCUAUUUAAAGACUUGAAAAGCACUUCUGUUCAGUCGUUGGCUCAUCUUUGAAUCAUCAUUUUAGCUCAAAUUUUCCGCAGGGAUUCAAAAUCAGUAAACAUCUAGUUAUUUACUCAGACAGAAUGGGAAUGAGGAUGUUGAUUCCCUUCCUGGAUGCUCAUGUUACACUCGCCAUUUCCUCCCCUCGCCCGUGAAAUCUGCUGUUUCUAAAAGCUGAGAAAGGCCCACGAAAAAGAGGAGUUAAACAGGGGUGUGGUGAAAAAGGAGAAUACUUGAGCCGGCUGAGGACAAAGUACUUUGGGCGUGGUCUUUUAAUUCUUUCCUUCUGCUCCCUGAGGAUCGCAAAAAAGCAGGGAAAAGCAGCUGAAAGUGAGGAGCCGGUUUUGUGAACUCGUGUUCGAGGUGAGCGCUCUCAGGAAUGGCGACUCUCAGCAGUAAUGAGGAGGCAGUGGAAGAGAACCAGCUCAGCACAGAAGAGGCAAAGGAGGAAGCAAACGGACCGGGGGAUCCUACCCCCAAGAUAUCUGAGACGCUACUCCCAGAAGAUGUGUUAUGUGACUCAUGCAUGGACGGCCCCAGCAAGGCCUUCAAAUCCUGCCUGACCUGCCUGGUGUCUUACUGCGAGGCCCAUCUGAGACCACAUCUGGAGAACGCCAAAUUUCAAAACCAUCGCCUGGUGGAUCCCCUUCACGACAUCGACUGCAGGACCUGCGAGGUUCACCAUCUUCCUGUUGAACGCUUCUGCUUGAUGGACGGCUGCUGUGUGUGUCCAGACUGUGAGACACAGGAGCAUCAAGGUCACACGGCAGCAUCUGUAGGGGAAGCACGUGUGCAAGUUGAGGUCUGUUUUGGUUAUCUAAAUUAGAUGAUAACUUUUGCAAGUUUUGCAUCUUUGCAGUGUGUUUGUGAUGAUUAUUUUGCAGGCUGAGCUGCAAAAGAAGCAAGAAGAGAUCAUUCAGAGUGCUGCAGCAACCGAGAGAGCAAUCGAAAAGCUGCAAAGCAAAAACGGUUUAAUCAAAGUAUGUAUUUUUGGUGCAUUUAUUUAAGUUGCAAUGGUGUGGUAUAACUCUGUUUGACCAAUCUUUUCUCUUCCGCGUUCCAGUCUUCAGUGCAGGAGGUUUGUGUUGUUGUUGAAGAGCAGUUCAACAAGCUGCAGAUGACUGUGGAGGAGGCCAGGAAGGGGGCGUUGGAGGUGCUGGAAGGAGAGAAAAGACGGGCGCUGAAACAGGCAGAGGGCAUCCAAGCACAUCUGGAGCAGAGGAGCACAGAGCUGAAGAAAACUUUGGCUCAAAUGAACAAACUGUCCAAGUGCAAGUCUGAUGUCGACUUUCUGCAGGUAAACAAGCUUGUGAAAUAUUCAAAAACCCUGAACAGCCCUACAACGUGUGAAUCUAUUUCCGUCAGAGGCCAUCUGAUCUGGGAUUAGUACGGGAUGUUCUCUGAGACAAAGGGUUUAUUUUGGAUGCCAGUCUGUUGAAGGUGUACACAGAGUUUUGAUAUUUCAGCAUUUUCACUCAUGAAAGUUCUGGAUCAGAGAAAAAAGGGGGUUGCCAAUUCUGAAGUAGCAGCUUGUUCAACACCAUGAUACUCGAUUCACCUCAUUUGUCUCACACUUGUACUUACAGGAGUACUCAGAGUGGAAGAAACGAUUCGCAGACGUGUGUCUGCCCGCUGCUAACAUCAACCGUAUGGGCUAUCUGACCUCAUAUGUUCAAGUUGUGACGGAUGCCACACAGGAAAUGUGUGACCUGAUUCUGUCAUCCUACAGGGAAAAGCUCAACCUGGUUUGGAAAAGUUGUGAGUGUAAAUAUCAUAUUGUAUCCAUAACCUUACAUCUUUCAGCCCCUCACAGAGAAAAACCGCUCCAGGUGUUCACCUGUUAUUGUCUCCUGGAAUAUGCCCCCAGCAGUUCUUGGUAACCUCUUUCUAUAUGUUUAUCUGACGUCAGCGGGCUGAUCACUCUGGGCUGAAAUAUUUCCACAGUUAUCGUAUGGGUCACCACGAGGUUCAUGUGUUAUUGUCUCUCAGAAUUUGCCCCCAGCAGUUCUAGGUAACCUCUUUCUAUAUGUUUAUCUGACGUUAGCGGGCUAAUCGAGGUGUCACACCACAUUCAUUGAAGUGGAUUAAUUCUCACUCUGUAUGUCUGAUUGAAUUUUUAUAAGUCACAAGUUUCACGUUUAAUAAAAUGACACAGCAGCUGCAACUGAAGCAUUAGGGCCUGUGUCCACUGACAGUGUUCUUAUACACAAAACCAAUACAGCUCAGCAAUUUCAGCGCUCAGCGUCUUCAGCUAAAAAAAGCCUUUUAGCAUCAGUUGUUUUUUUUUUGUAGUUUAACCAACAGUGCUUUUCAUGCUGUUUUUAGGUUUUAUCUACGAAGUCCAUCAUCAGAUAUGAGAUGAGCGUCAUAAACCUAGCAACAGUUUACACCAGUAAAAAAACGCUCUGAAAUUCAAGCUGUGGAAACUACCUGGGCAAAAAAAAAAUGCUGCUAGUGGACACAAGUCCUUAAUUAUCAUGGAAUCUUGAAAAUAAGAUAAGAAGAACUUAAUUCAUCCCCAAGAGGAAAUUCUUCAUGUGAAAGUCCCUUAAAGGAAAAUUCAUACGUACGUCUCAGCAUUUCUUUUAGACUUGUUAGCAAAUGUUAGCAUGCUAACAGAAAUGCAUUAUUUCCUUAUUUCUCAGGUUAUUUCUACUAGCAUGGCUGUUAACUUAAAGGGAUAUUUAGACACCUCCUUAAAGAUGAAUGUUGCCGACCGCUCGCUUCUUUAGUAAUACCAACUUUAGUAUUGACCGCGCAAUAGCAAUACAUAGAGCCACGCACUCAACGAAAAAGCCACUCUAUAACCACAAAUAAUGCUCAGAACUGCACCUAACUUCGUCAACAGUACAUAUAGGGUCCCAGCCAUGGUACUAGCCACCAAACAUCUUUUUAACUUUGCCUAAUUUCUUUAGCAAAGAGACUGAACACAACUCACCUACUCUCUUCCAGUAUCCGCUUGUUUGUAUCGAGACCUCAGGCCAGUCCAUUACAGAUUGCUGCAGGCUGACGCAGCUCAAGGAAGAACAUUUAUGAUCAUUUUACGCCGGAAUAUCCCUUUAACAAAGCUAAUGUUCAAUCUAUUUUGUGUCAAAUAUAAUCAAUAAGCUCUUUAAGUCCACAUGCCUCAACAUAAUACUGAAAAGUCUCUCUCUGAAAUGAUGAACCAGGUACCAAAUCCCCGGUGCCAGAGUCUCCGGCUGCUUCAUCUCUGCCUGAUCCCGAGACACGAGAGGACUUUUUGAAAUGUAAAUAUCCAUCUUGAUAUCUUUUUUGUUUUUUGUGGUUUCUGUCUGCGAAAUCUAUUUGAAAUAUUCACAAAAUAUUCCCUUUGCUUUCAAGAUAUGAGGAGUUUGACCUUUGACCCUGACACCACCCACAACUUCUUCCGUGUGAGAGAGGACAACCGAAAGCUGACCAACACCAGCCCCUGGCAGCACAGCUACCCAGAUCACCCCGCUCGCUUCCAGCACUGGCGUCAGGCCAUGACCUUGGAGAGCCUUUACCUGGGGCGGCACUACAUUGAAGCGGAGCUGAGAGGGGAAGGUGCGCAUGUAGGAGUCACUUACAAGAGCAUCGACCGUAAAGGAGAGCAAAGCACCAGCUGCAUCACCGGGAACGACUUCUCCUGGUGCGUUGGGAGGAACAGCAGAGGUUUCUUCACCUGGCAUGAUGGCGCGGAGAUUCGCUUAGAAGUCAGUGAUAUAACAAAAAUCGGCUUAUAUAUUGACUUUGAGAAAGGCACUUUAUCUUUCUACAACAUCAGUGAUGCCAUGAAGCUCCUCCACAAGUACAUGGCUGAUUUCUCUGAGCCUGUAUAUAUUGUUACUUGGCUGUCAAAGAAAGACAAUAUGGUUGCUCUGCUUAAUGUAAAGUGAUAUUGUGAUGCUGUAGAAAGGUGGCUUUAUACACAGCAGAGGAUUUUUCAUAUGCAUAUCAUUGAAAAGUAAACUUACUACCAUCUAGUGGUAACUCUGCAGCAUAAACCAGUGCAGGAGCAGAUCUAUUGACAUUUUACUGCCGCUUUAUUGCAACUUUAUUGCUCUUGAUUGUGGUACGAAUGAGACGAAAAGUACACAAAUGUCAGUCGGUAAUUAUUUUAUUUGUCUAAAGUCCAUUCAGUCGUAAAGUUGAUUUGCACUGCUCGGUUAUUUAAAAAACACAAGAGGACUUCAUGUCCACAAGGUUAAUAAAAGCAUCAGUUUAAAAUUUAAAAUUCGAUUUGAUUUAUAAUCCCCUAAUUCAGGCAUUAAAAUCCGUUUCAUUCUCAUCAUAAGCUGGAUUCACAAAGUGCACACCUGUCUGGGUCAUUGAGAUUGGAGAAUUUGCUCCAUUUCCAUACAGACCGGGGAUUUCAGGCAUCAGGUGGGGCCUGUCGAACAUGGGAUUGUCAUAGCCGUGGUCAAUAGCUCCGCCGAGCUCUCCAAUGUCACUGUUUCUCUUGAAUCUGCUCAGAGAUGGCAUUGAAGGCAUCGAUGGCAUAGAAGGCAUUGAAGGCAUUGAAGGCAUCGAGGGCAUCGAAGGCAUCUGUGGCAAAUGAACAAACCCUCUACGAACUAAAACAACCAAAACAACAACAAGUGAGAUCAAAAUUAAAACCCCAAACACUGCUCCAACAACAACCCCAGCAUUGCUGCCCGACUGGCUGCUGCCCCCAGAGGAGGCUUGAAAUUCAGCCCCGGUGAUUCCGAUGGUGGCGCCUUGAGUACGAGCAUCCUGCACGAUGUCCCAGGCCAGACUUUCUGCCAGUGUUCCCUUGUCUCCAUCCAAGACAACCACCUGGAUCUCAGGCGUGGUACCAAAAGGGAUGAUCCCUAUCAAUUUCUGCGACUUGAAGACUUUGGACAUGCCCAGCUGGAUGGAUUUGUAUUCAGGAUUGAUGAGAAAUAGGUGAUGGAUCCGCUGCCUGUAGUUCUGUAAGUUGAAAGUCGUGGAAAACUUGACGGUGAUAAUCGCACCACAUACAUCACAGCAGUGUCCGACGGGGGAGAGGGGCGUCUUGCAGCUCAGAGAUCCACAUUUAACAGCGCGACAGAUCUGCUUGUGGUUUGCAGAGUUCCCACAAUCACAGCCGGUAGGAUCCCCACAUCCUGAGUUUCCAACAGUGACUGGAGAAGACCCGUGAAACUGCAGGCGGCCUGAGCGUGAGCCGAGAUACUGCGAGAACUCAGAAUUGCUCACAAACUUCUUUCCAAGCACUGACACAGAUUUGACAGGAAUGCUAGCCUGACUCGUGCUGGUGGUGUGCACCCUGAAGGAGGAGAGUUCUUUGAAAACCACAUCGUCAUGCUGGCAUGGGACGCUCUCCUCGUGAACGGAGAAUAAGACUUGUCCUUUCUGCAGGUCAUCCAGGGUUGCAGCCGCUUGCCAGAGAGCUGGGUCGAACCAUUCAAGAGACUCUGAAUCUUUAAACUUGGCUGGAACACCCGGCCCACACCCUGGAUCUUGUCCGCUGACGACAUAAAACCCAGCUCCAGAGUUCAGGAUGAACUCCCCAUCGACUGGAAGCCUCAUCUCCCGCACAGCGUGUGACGUCUCCACAAACACAGACACUUUCCUCUGAGCUGGAAACUGAACUGUGUCGCUGCCGCACGGGACGUCACCUUUGUCCCAGUUGGUCUUGUUCUCAUAGUUGGUGUCAGGAAUCCACUGUUUGUACAGGGCGCUUGAAGCCCCGACAAGACAGAGGAGAAGGAGCAGGUCUGAUGUUUUCAGCAUCUUGAGCGUUUGUGACGGGCUGGGAGAACAUUUGAUGACCUUUGUUUCUGACCGUGUGACUAACACAUGAGUGCACACAGCUCGACAGUAAACUUGAUGAGCUCUGGACAACCUGCUCGAGCGGGUGACCUGUAAAAGAUUUACAUGCUCUGUUUUUAACCAACCUGUGAGUUUUAUCCUUCAAGAUUUUUUUUUCUCUUAGUUCAGUUUGUUUUUUACCAAAACAUCUCAAACACUUUCCAUCCAUACUUUAACUCAUACUCCCUAUCAUGGUUGUUUUAUUUGGAUUUUGCACAACACUCCUGGGGAAUGAUCAAGAACUUCAGAGAAUCCCUCUUCUACGCAGUUAUGUGACCUUUAGGGGUGAACAAAGUACAAAACUUCAUCAUUUGAAUGAACGUGGAGAUCCUCCAGGUCAAAUAAUACUCAAAUUCAAUUAAAAGUUGCUCAGUUGAAUUAUUAAUAGAAUUGGAGGUCUUGUGUUCUUGCUUUUAAAAAAAUACUUUUAAGCUCCUGAAAGUAGUUUUCUUCUCAUACUGAUUCCUUUUUAUGAUAUAUAAAGCAGACAAGAACAUCAGAAACAUGGUUGUUGCUUUAAAAUAUUUUAAUAUUUAAUGUCUGAAAUCUGUGCAAAGGGGGUAGAUAUCAGCCAGCUGCAAAAACAGCCCUGUAUUUACAUUUUUUUCACUUCAAAUACUCACAAUAAAUGACAAAUUCAACCAAAAGACUUGAUUCAGGCAUAAAGGUGAAGUAAAGCAAAGACUGCUUUGUCUACAGGGGCCAUCAAUUUUGGAGCUUUAAACUACUAUUUUAGAAAUAUUUCAUAUUUUUGUAUUUUCACGGUGCAUGAAUGGUACAUGGUAGUGGUACAUCCCACUACAUUAUGUUCAUUUAGAAAAUAUUACCUAUAUUCUGCAACAGAUUUCAAAGGAAACAUGCAAAGUCCUCUUCAAGCCUCUUUUGCACAAAGGGGAGAGUGGGGUAAGAUGAGUCAAGAUGUUGUUCAUCCCUGCAAACCAACAGAAUGAGUGUAAACAUAACUGUCUUGAUAAUAUAGCAUGUCAAAUAAAAAUGGUCUCCUAUGGUCAACUUACCCCGUGUAUGUAUGGGGUAAGUUGAGCCAUAUCCCUACAUAUCCCGAUCAAUUUCUUUUACCAUUUCCAAGCAA